ACCCAACAUUCAAACUUCAAAGGGCAUACAACCAACUUAACAUUGAAAAAAAGUUCAGGUGGAAGCAAAAUCAGAAAUUGGAGGUGUUGUGUUUCUCCGGGCUGCCAUUUUUGAAAUUACAAAUCUUAAGGUUUGUGCUAAACUGCUACGCAAGUCAUCGGCGUCAACGCGGUAACUAUUCAUCACGUCUUUGAGCUUUAUUAUCGAUGUCUACAGACAUGGAUGCUGAGAGGCAGCUAAGGAAUGGCAAAUGUUAUCCACAAACCAUUGAAAUUGAUCCCAAAAGUGCUCGAUUUCCAUUAUGUAUUGUAUGGACGCCUCUUCCUGUUCUUUCUUGGUUGAUCCCUUUUAUUGGUCAUAUUGGCAUAUGCAGAGAGGAUGGUGUAAUUUUGGACUUUGCUGGCCCCAACUUUGUGUGUGUUGACAGCUUUGCCUUUGGUGCAGUGACACGAUACUUACAAAUAGAUGCAAAGCUAUGCCGAGCAAUUUCUUUGGCUUCCAGUAGAAGUGGAGAACAGCAGAAUUUUGAUGGAUCUGAAGUGGAGAUUUUUACUUGGAAUGAUGCCCUGAGGAAUAGCACGAUGGAGUUUCAACAUCGCUCUUACAAUCUUUUGACUUGCAACUGCCACUCUUUUGUAGCAAACAAUCUCAAUCGCCUGGGUUUUGGUGGCGGCAGGUGGAAUGUGGUUAGUCUUGCAGUACUAAUACUCUUUAAAGGUCGAUGGGUGGACACAGGUGCAGCCGUAAAAUCUUUGCUACCCUUUCUGAUAGUCUUUCCUUUGGGUCUUGCACUUGGAGGCUGGACUUUCCUGGAAUGUUGGGGUAUGAUUGUGAUCCUCUUGGUUGGUUGGUUUCUGUUUGGUUCUUAUUGUUUCAAGGGUUUAAUCCAAUUGUGAAAUAUUAAACUUGUAAGUUUGCAUAUGAAUAUUUUUUGUUAGUUUGAUGAUCUUUUUAUCCCGUCAUAAUGCACAAAAAUAGGGUGAUAGCCGAAAGGGGGAUAAUUGUUGAUAUAUAUCCUUUAUCUCAUUAAGAUUGCAACAUUAUACAAAUUUUUAUGAGAUCUUUUAAGAAAAAAUGUUGCAAUUUUAAUUGGAUAAACGGAGUAUUGCGCGAUUUAGGCUCAUGUUUUGAGACCUUUUUGUAAUAAUGUGAUGAACUCAAAUGAAUUGAGGUAAUUACUGAUUAGUUAGA